CUCUGCACGCUCUGGACUCCACCGGCGGGGAAGUUAGCAAACCAGUUCAGCCCAACUUUCAACCAAAAACUGCGAUUCAGUAAGGUCGGAGAUGGCUCUCACACAAGUGUCCUCCAACAAGUGCGCAGGCGGCUUCCAGAAGGUUUUCGAACACGAGAGCACCGAGCUCAAGUGUAAGAUGAAGUUUGCCGUCUACCUGCCUCCCAAAGCCGACACCGACAAGUGUCCCGUCAUGUACUGGCUGUCUGGUCUGACGUGCACGGAGCAAAACUUCAUCACCAAAGCCGGCAGUCAGAUCCCUGCUGCGGAGCACGGCAUCAUCAUCGUCGCUCCGGACACCAGCCCACGCGGCUGCAACAUCGAGGGGGAGGAUGAGAACUGGGAUUUCGGCACCGGAGCUGGUUUCUACGUCGACGCCACGCAGGAUCCCUGGAAGACCAACUACCGCAUGUACUCGUACAUCACCGAGGAGCUCCCCAAACUGGUCGACGCUAACUUCCCCACCGACCCGGACCGCGUGUCCAUCAGCGGUCACUCCAUGGGCGGACACGGGGCGCUCAUCUGUGCCCUGAAGAACCCUGGGAAAUACAAGGCUGUUUCUGCGUUCGCUCCCAUCUGUAACCCGAUGCAGUGUCCCUGGGGACAGAAGGCCUUCUCAGGAUACCUGGGCUCCGACAGGUCCACCUGGGAGGCGUACGAUGCCACCGUGCUGGCGGCGGCGUACUCCGGCCCUCAGCUGGACAUCCUGAUCGAUCAGGGCCGUGACGAUCAGUUCCUGUCAGCCAGCCAGCUGCUGCCCGACAACCUGAUCGCCGUCUGCUCCAAGAAGAAGAUCCCCGUCGUCUUCAGACUGCAGCCGGGCUACGACCACAGCUACUUCUUCAUCUACUCCUUCAUGAGCGACCACAUCAAACACCACGCCAAGUUCCUCAACGCCUGAACCGCUGACACCACUGAAGAAGAGGACGGUGCAGCUCUGCCGCUCUCCUGACAUUAAUCACAUCACUUCCUGCAGGAUGAAUUACAGUAACAGCACCUGUCAGCCGGGUGUCAAAUUCUCUAAGAAAAUGAGUCUGAAGCUUUUGUGCCUUCAGUUUAAAAGCACUUACUAUCGUAAAGUCUCCGAUAUUUAAAGAUAUUUUUGUGUAACUUCACAGGAAACGUUUCCUUUUUUCUUGACAGUGAUCAUGUGGAUUUUCCAGCUUGUCAGGCGCAUUUUUGAGCAUUAAAAGUCUCAUUUGAGUCA